AUGUCAUCCUCACCGAAUCUCUUUCUGCGAGCGGCCGUCAUAUCACUCAAUGUGAUUGGCAUGUGGGAUGCCUACCUGGUGCUGCGCCAGCGCCGCGCCAACCAAACCAAGGAGAUGCCAUUGUAUUUCAGGAAGGACAUCACUGACGAGGAGUUUGCGAAGGCGCAGGCGUACGAAGGUGAGAAGAGCACGUUCAGUCUCCUCCAGCAUCUGAAGGGGCUCGUGAUGACGAACAUGAGUAUUUUUCUGCGUCUCCCCGCGCUCCUGUACUACCUUGUUGCGCAGCGCACGAGCUUGCCUACCGGCUCCUUCUCUCAUAACUACGCCGCCGCCGUAGCCGGGGAGUUGAUCUCCGUCGUACUCGACAUUCCGUUCUCCUACUACGAGAACUUCUACAUUGAGGACCGGCACGGCUUCAACGAGAUGACCAAGACAGAGUUCGUAAAGGACAUCGUGAAAACGUUGCUCCUCCGCGUUACGCUGCUGUACCCUAUGCAGAUCAAGCUCAUUCAAUUUGUGGUGCAACGCUUUGGUGAGCGCUUUCCCUUAUACCUCUUCUUGGGAAUGUCUGUGAUGCUGGUCUUGUUUCUCCUGGCAAUGCCAACGGUUAUCCAGCCGCUGUUCAACAAGUUUACCCCGCUCGACGUGGAGUCGCCCCUGUACAAGAAGAUUGACCUGCUCAGCAAGGAGAUGGGCUUUCCGCUGAAGAAGGUCCUCGUUGUCGAUGGCAGCCGCCGCUCGCACCACAGCAACGCCUACUUCUACGGCUUUGGCAGCAACAAACGUAUCGUGCUCUACGACACUAUUCUAGAGCAGCUGAAGGAUGACGACGAGCCCAUCAUUGCCGUGCUCUGCCACGAGCUCGGUCAUUGGAAGCACAACCACAUCUACGUGAACCUCGCCAUGGCCCUUGGUCAGUUCAUGUUGAUAUCCUACGGUGCGCGCCUGGUCGUCUUCGACAAGAGGGUCUAUGAAGCGUUUGGUUUCCAUGAGGUGGAUCCGAUGAUCGGGCUUAACAUCUUCGCUGAGAUGUUCUACGAGCCCCUGAGUACGUUUAUCGGAUACGGGUUCUGCUAUGUUUCGCGGCGGCACGAGUUUCAAGCGGACCGCUUCGCCGUGACGCAUAAUCAUGGUGAGGGAAUGAAGAAGGCCCUCUUAGUGAUUACUAAGGAAAACCGUGCCAGCCUAACACCGGAUCCACUGUACUCCGCGCUCCACUACACGCACCCGCCCGUGCUCGAGCGGUUGCAGGAGAUUGACGCGGAGCUCAAGAAGCGGGGGUAG